UGUACUUUAUAUAACUGGUGCAUUUUUUGUGAAAAACUCCUUCCUAUGGUGUCCACUGUGCGUGGGAGAUGUCGAGAUUGAGACUCACAGGAAAACUUUAGCCACCGGCUCCUCUGUUCUACUCCCGGGACUUAAGAGUGGGACAGAGUUCACAGAAAACAUGUUCUACGAACUGCGGAAAGUGGGUGCCAGUCCCGGCUGGUUGAUGAUGUACCACGGAGAGCCCAAAGUGCACAGCUCCUAUGAGGGACGUGGACACUACUUCCCGAACAAGUCUUUCCUGCUAACAAAUCUGACUAAGGAAGACAACGGUGUGUAUGAGCAAAAGCUGAAUCGGAAAACUCUGCUUCACGUGGUUCUUAUUGUCAUAGAUCCCGUGGAGGAGCCUGUCUUGAGAAGACAAGAUGAUGACAAUGAAAGUUGCCGCAUUACGCUUGUGUGUGAUGGUUGGGACAGAGACUCCUCAAAUAUAACGUUCUCGAAAAAUGGAGUGGCGAUAAACAGGAACGUGUCAUCGAUCAGGAAUGAUAGCCUUCUGGUCAUUGAUGGAACUGACCACCAACACUGGGGCAACUACUCGUGUACUGUGACCAACCGUGUCAGUCAGAAAGUCUCCCAGGAGAUGGUGCUUACACCUGAAGAAGUGAUCGGAGCCUCCGUGUUCUUCAUCAUCAGCUGUAUAGAGGUGGUCAUCUACAUUUGUCAUCUUAUCAGUCUACUAUUUACUAGCAAGGAAAAAAAGACUCCACUUCUACUGAAAGUUCUCUUUAAUUCCAAACAUCUGAGUGGAACCAUCAUGGAGCUCACCACCUUCUCCUUAAUCUUAUAUUUGUUUCAUGACUGGCUGUCCAGUGUGGCUGGAGCGAUCAUAGUAACGACAAUCUCUUCUAUUAUCCUGGUUCGGUGCUUUUUUUGGUUGAUGGUCUGUGAUGUUCCUCUGCCAGAAGUGGCCAUCACAGUUAUAAAUGACGUUCUUUUUAGUGCUGACCUGUUGCUUGUACCCAUGGUCUUCGGAGUGAAUAUGGAUCUGUAUCUUCAAGGGUCUGACCUGUGUGGGAUGAGGAGAGAGCAGAAGCUUUGGACGCUCUUCUACCUGGUGGUGGCCUUUCUCGUUUUACUCGCUGUGUUCCUGCUCCUGAGGAUACUUUAUGAGAAGUGUAUAAGAACCUCAGACCCUGACAAUGACUACACUCCGCCCCCAAGUAAGGGGGGAACACCGGAUGACAUCAGUGAUACCGAAAACAGGGGUGAAGAGGCUGAGAAAGAGGCCCUGAAUCUAGAGGAGGGGACAUGAAAGAAAUGAUUCCAUCUAUCUAUCUCAUUCUGGUUUUGGGUUUGGGACCACUGAAAUUGAUGAUAAAUGGAUGGAUCUCUUGUAUCGACCCGGUGAUGUAUUCCCUUGUA